AUAAUAUUCUCAGUCUGUCCGAGUAAUCUGCUGUUGAUCGACGUCAGUGACGGCCCGUGUGUCGUUCGGUGCAAUAAUAAUUCAACAAGCGGUGCGUACGUAAGCGGUUUGUUCUCCAAUUCAAACGCCACCGGGGAAAAUGUACAACUUGUACGCGAACACCAACUUGCCUCCGUUGAUGAUUUGGCGGCCGGCUGACGUCGCUGAAGAUGGAGAAGACGAUGUGCUACAGAUUAUUCACCUGGACCCAUGCAUUGAGGAAAAUGGAGCGGCGCAUCGUACCGAGAGGUUUGAGCUUAUGAAUCGAAGCAGGAUCGAUGGCAGUCCUUCGUUGCUUGUGGUGAGACGAGGACAGCCGUUCAAGUUGAAGGUUUACUGCAACAGACCGUUUGAUGAAGAUCGGGAUGUAAUUUCGAUUAUGUUGUCCGUUCAACCGAUGAGCGGAGAAAAAAUAAGUCACGGGAAUGGAACAGUCGUUUAUUUGCCACUGAUGAAGUCCGAAGAAAGUGUUGAUGAAGAUGAGACAGGUUGGAAGGCGUGUGUGGAUACGGUGGAGGAUAAUAUGUUAGCUCUAAGCAUUCGGACAUCCGCUCAUGCUUCGGUGUCCCGCUGGGAGCUAGCUAUCGACACUAAAUUGAUGGAUACCGAUCAAACUAAGAAUUUUGCUAUGUUGGAUCCAUUAUACUUGUUGUUUAAUCCAUGGUGCGAAAGUGAUCCUGUUUACUUAGAAGACGAGAAACUGCGUGAGGAAUACGUGCUAAGCGACACAACUCUUAUUUGGCGCGGAUGUGAUAGAAGCUUCCAUCCAACGAUCUGGAAGUUGGGCCAGUACGAGCGGGAUGUUUUGGACUGCGCACUGUCGCUGCUGUCUGGUGUAGGACGAGUUAGUGCAACAUACCGAGGAAACCCAGUUCGGGUGGCACGAGCCCUUUCGGCUGCAGUCAAUAGUAACGAUGAUAAUGGAGCUUUGGUCGGAAAUUGGGGACAAGAUUUCUCGGAUGGCACUGCUCCCACUGCUUGGGUUGGUUCGGUUGAUAUCCUACAGCAGUACUAUCGCACCAGAAGAUCGGUAAAAUAUGGACAGUGCUGGGUGUUCUCUGGAGUCUUAACGACAGUCGCUCGCGCGCUUGGCAUUCCUAGUCGAGUUGUAUCCAACUUCAAUUCGGCACAUGAUUCGGAAGCGUCCCUCACAAUCGACUAUUACUUCGGUGAGAACAAUGUGCACUUGAGAGAUUUCAGUUCGGAUUCGACGUGGAAUUUUCAUGUGUGGAACGAGCUGUGGAUGCGUAGAUCUGAUCUUGGAACGGGAUCGGAAGAGCUGUAUGAUGGUUGGCAGGCGGUUGAUGCGACCCCUCAGGAGAUGUCGGAUGGAAUGUACAAACUGGGACCCGCCCCGGUUAAGGCAGUCAAACGCGGAGAGGUUAAUGUAUUGUACGAUUGCGAUUUUGUGUUUGCUGAGGUCAACGCAGAUGAGAUAUAUUGGCGAUAUAGGGGACCCAGCCAAGCUAUGAAACUAGUGAGGAAAGAUCCAUCGAGGAUUGGGCAAUUUAUCAGUACAAAAGCAGUCGGAGAAUGGGUUCGGGAAGAUAUCACCGAUUCAUACAAAUUUGAAGAGCGAUCUUGCGACGAAAGAAUUACGAUGAUGAAAGCUUUAAAACAGACAAGUAGUCCUUUUGCAAGGUUCUAUACGAAUGAGGAAUUUCAUGACAUUGGUUUUGAAAUUCAUAUUAGAAACGACGUCAAAAUUGGAGAACCAUUCACAAUUGUUGUGAAGAUUAGUAACCGUGCCGAAGAAAUUGCACACCCAAUUGAAGGGAUCGUUCACGUGGAUACUGUCCUGUACACUGGUAAGCUGAGGAAACCUUUAAAAGCGAUUCCUUUCAACGUGGAAGUGGAACCAAACUCAUCGAGUUCGUUGGAGCUGCCCGUCGAGUUCGACGAGUAUUACAGUCAUAUUAUGGAUCAGGCGUACUUCAAGAUUAUUUGUUCGGCUAGUGUGAAAGGGACCAAUUAUGAAUACUUUGCGCAGGAAGACUAUCGGGUUAGGAAACCGGACAUAAAAAUUCAGCUGGACAACGAACCGCUAAAUGGAGCACCGCUGUACGUUACGGCUACUUUGCUGAAUCCAAUGCCUAUUCCGCUCACGAAUGGAUCCUUUAGGUUUGAAUGUUCAGGUGUUUGGCAAUCGGUGAAUAUUCCUAGUGACUAUAUUGAGGCGGGUGAAUUAGUGACCGUCAAGUUUCGUGUUAUGCCACAUUUUGAAGGUAGUGCACAGAUAGCGGCUAAGUUUAAUGCUGCUGAGUUGAAUGAUGUAGAUGGGUUCUUAGCGUUUGAUGUGGGCCAAAGUGUCGAAAGAAAUGCCGGACGCUCUCUUCAGGAUGAACUGGUGUUUGCGUAAUUGUUGAAUAAUUUGGUUGUAUCUAAUAAAUUAGAUGGAUUUAUCAUCGAAUAAAA